AGCCCCUCUGCUCCUCCUGCAGAGUUGGCAGGGCUGUUACUCAUUACAUCCCACCCCCCCUUGGGCCUGGGGAGGGGCUGCUUGCUGAGCCAGCCAGCCCCACAUCACUCCACAUCAUCGCCCCACAUCGUCUUGCAGUGAUCUGCUUUGUCCUGCAUCACACCCCACGUUUUCCAUCCAGCAGCAUGGUCCACGGCCAAGGAGGAGUCAGGUUCCAGAACUGGGCCAAGACAUAUGGCUCUACCCCAGAGCUGUACUUCCAACCCACCUCAGUGGAGGAGAUCCGGGAGAUCCUGGAUAUGGCCCGGCAGAGAAACAAGAGGGUGAAGGUGGUGGGGGGCGGCCACUCACCCUCUGACAUCGCCUGCACCGAUGACUUCAUGAUCCAGAUGGGGAAGAUGAACAAGGUCCUAAAGGUAGACAAGGAGAAGCAGCAGGUGACGGUGGAAGGUGGGAUCUUCCUUUCAGAUCUGAACGUGGAGCUGAACAAGCAUGGGCUGGCACUGGCCAACUUAGGAGCCGUUUCUGAGGUGGCAGCAGCUGGUGUGAUUGGGACGGGGACACACAACACUGGGAUCAAACAUGGCAUCCUCCCCACCCAGGUUGUAGGGCUGUCACUUCUGACAGCCUCAGGGGACAUCCUGGAGUGCUCUGAGUCCAUCAAUGCAGAUAUCUUCCAAGCUGCCCGCCUGCAUCUUGGCUGCCUGGGUGUUGUGCUCACCGUCACCUUCCAGUGCGUGCCCCAGUUCCACCUGCAUGAGGUGACCUUUCCAUCCACCCUCACUGAGGUCCUCAAUCACCUUGAUGACCACCUGAAGAGAUCCCAAUACUUUCGAUUCUUGUGGUUCCCACACAGUGAGAACGUCACUGUCAUCUACCAGGACCCCACCAACAAGCCCCCCUCUUCCUCUGCUAACUGGUUUUGGGAUUAUGCUGUUGGGUACUACUUGCUGGAGUUUCUCCUCUGGAUCAGCACCUUCGUGCCCAGCUUGGUGCGCUGGAUCAACCGCUUCUUCUUCUGGCUCCUCUUCAGCUCCCGGGUGGAGAACAUCAAUGUCAGCUACAAGAUCUUCAACUACGAGUGCCGCUUCAAGCAGCAUGUGCAAGACUGGGCCAUCCCCAUUGAGAAGACAAAGGAAGCGCUGUUGGAGCUGAAGGCUGCCCUGGAGAACAACCCCAAGAUGGUGGCCCACUACCCCGUGGAGGUGCGCUUUGCUCGAGCAGAUGAGAUCUGGCUGAGCCCCUGCUUCCAGCGGGACAGCUGCUACAUGAACAUCAUCAUGUACAGGCCCUAUGGGAAGAAUGUGCCCCGGCUCAACUACUGGCUGACCUACGAGGGCAUCAUGAAGAAGUAUGGUGGGAGACCACACUGGGCAAAGGCCCACAGCUGUACCCGCAAGGAUUUUGAGAAGAUGUAUCCGGCCUUCUCCAAAUUCUGCUCCAUCCGGGAUAAGCUGGACCCUACAGGGAUGUUCCUGAACACCUACCUGGAAAAGGUGUUCUACUGACAGCACAGGGAUGGGGCAGUGCAGGGGAUGGAAGAGAAAUCAGCUCGUUCUCAGGACACCCCAAAGCUCAUGGUCCUUGGUGGCCCCAAAAUGCUGUAUUCCCAGCUGUUGCAAUGGCAGGCAGCGUGGGCUGGCCUUGGGGAUGGGGCUGUGUGCUGGCCAUCACUCCUGCUGGGUCCCUGAGAUGUGCAGAGCCCCAAACAUCUCCUGUCUAAGCCAACAUUUGAAUAAAGACCUUGCUAACCAAGCCA